CCUAUAACAGACGUGCGGUGCUGCCGCCGCCGCCGCAGUCGGAGUGUCCCGUAGCGUUGCACGGAAGGUACAAUGUCAAAGCCCAAGCUGUAUUACUUCAAUGGAAGAGGGAAAAUGGAGUCUAUUCGCUGGCUUUUGGCAGCUGCUGGAGUAGAGUUUGAUGAAGUAUUCCUUGAGACCAGGGAACAGUACGAACAGCUACUGAAAGAUGGAGCUCUGCUGUUUGAACAGGUCCCAAUGGUUGAAGUUGAUGGGAUGAAGCUGGUGCAGACCAAUGCAAUCUUGAACUACUUUGCAGCAAAGCACAAUCUCAAUGGCAACGAUAUCCAUGAAAGAGCACUGAUUGACAUGUACUCAGAGGGAGCAAAAGAUCUAAUGACCUUAGUGAUGCGUCAUCCCUUCCUUCCCGCUGCAGAGAAGGACAGUAACCUCGCCCAGAUGGAAAACAAGGCCAAGAACAGAUAUUUUCCUGCAUUUGAGAAGAGCAUUAACCAACAGACAGGAUAUAUGGUUGGGAACCAGCUCACUAUUGCUGAUCUUCAAGUUCUGGAGGCUAUCCUGAUGCUGGAAGAGAAGUUCCCGCUCAUCCUCUCGGAGUUCCCUUUGCUGCAGAAAUUCAAGGAGAAGAUCAGCAAUAUACCAAGAAUUAAGAAGUUCCUACAACCGGGAAGUCCCAGGAAGCCACCGCCCGAUGAUCAUUAUGUUCAGAUUGCAAGAGAAGUUCUCAGAUUUUGAAAGGCAAAGUUGCAGAUGUUGCUGGCCAUCCAGAUGUUUGCAGUGUUACAGACUCGGUGAAAGUCCCUUUAAGAUAGAGUGUGUGUGUGUGUGGCGUGCUUACGUCAAUAGAAGAUAAAGGUCGUAAUGACGUUGUUGAGGAGGUCAGUCGAAGGGAGAGAGAGAGAGAAAAGGGAGAGAGACACCAGCCUGCUGGUUUUCUCUAUCGAUGGAUGAGAAACAAUAACUGUGUUUGCCACUGAAAUCCAUGUAUGGAAGUUGGAAGUAAUCCGGUGGAGUUCACUUUGUUGCUGACCUGUAGAAGGAAACAGGUAUUUGUGUGUGGACGACCACGGUUCGGAUGCUUUUCGGGGUGAGGAAGUCACUACCGAGUAAACACUGAAGUGUCGUUUGGGUUCCAUCGUGGAACAUUUGGAUUUCGUAAUUACUCCCUAUGUUCUCUACAUCUACGUCUUAUCUUCAGUCAACGGUGGUUGUUGAAGAAGCCUUUGCUCAUGUUUCACCUUAUGGCUUGCGGAACUGAACUUUAAGAACCAUUCCGGAACUUGGAGUUUGGGACUUUGCCACACACACACACGACGAGUUUAGUUUUGGGGUUAAUGUUCAAGGUUUAACAUUUUUGAAUUCUAACAUACUAACAUUUUUACUUUUAUUUUACGUAUUAUCAUAAGUAGUGAUUAAUAAAAUAGUUUUUAACACUGAA